AUGAAAGCUCCAGUGGACAAAUUCUUACAGUGGACAUUUCUACCGGGGCUAAGGCUGUGCCCACCUUGGAAUCCACAUAGAGCACUUUUACUAAUUUGUGAUAAUCGCGGAAAUUUUGUUUUGUUUGAUUAUUUGCUUUCUAGAAAAGUCCCAAUUAUGGGAAAACAUCAACGCUCUAUCCGCACCUGUGCUUGGAAUAAACAAGGAACACUGUUCGCCUUGGGCUCUGAUGAUACUCAAAUAACUAUAAAUAAUGCUGAAGGGGAAACGACUAGUACAUUUUCUUGCAAUGGGGAGAUUAUUGAAAUUAAAUUUGCCCAUUUUCGGAAUAUUGGCUCUGAGCGGUCUGAGGACUAUAUCAGCGCCAUAAUUGCCCACAAAAAUUUAAUGAUUGUUCGUCUAUCAGAACCAGAACACCCCACAAAUCUUCAAUUUCAAGAAAGAUAUGGUAAUUUAAUCAGCACUAUCUGGUUCGGAAAUGGCAAUUUAUUGGUUGGAUUUGAUGCUGGUUUUAUUGUUUGCCUUUCUGCGGAACGUUCAAGUGAUUCAAUUUCUCAAGAAUUAUUUUCUAUGCAAGAAUACAAAAAUGGACUUUCGCAUUUAUGCGUUAAUGAGACAAUGUUUAGACUCUUUUCGAUAGGCGAUAAUUUAAUGAAGAGUAGAGAUUUGGGAAACUUAGGGGAAAUAAUAGACAUUGUUGACGUUGAUUCUGAUGGCAGUGGUCUUCUACGAGUUUGUUGUUCCGAAGACGGCUCAAUGACAGCAGUAACUUCCCGUUCUGGCGCCCUUUGUGUUUAUUUAACUCGUCUUCCAAUGGUGGCUUCAGCUUCUCCCAGUUUUAUAGCUGUGUUAGCCUCCCUUUCAGAAAUUUCUAUUUAUCAGGACGGAAAUAUUUCACCUGCACAAAGCUUAAAUAUUAAAGUUGAGCCUUCUAUAAUUGCUGCAGGGGUAAGUUUACAAAGCUUUUUACAAUUUGUAAAAUUUUUACAAUUUGUAAAAUUCCUUUUAAAGUCAAAACACAUUGCAAUUGUACUCAACAACAAAGCCUGGUUUUAUGAAAUACGCCGGAACACAAACAUUUUUCUUUAUGAACAUGACUAUAUUACUAUUCUCCGUGGAGGAGCAACAACAACAACUCCUUCCAAUGUCAACACCUCAUCAUCCACUACCACAUCCACAAUUUCAAAUGAUAUAUUUUUCCCUGAUUGUAAUGAAAAUUCUGCUCCAGACGAUUCUAUUUUGGAUUCUGAUUUGGCAGAAAAAUUUUUUAUUUAUUCAACCAAAAGCCAUUUAAUUUAUUAUUAUUCUUUGGCAUAUGGACGUUUUGUUUCUGAUUUUAGACAUUCCGUGGCUAUAUGUUCAUUGUUUUGUGAACCUGAUGGAAUUAGAUGUCUUUUUCUAGGUACUUUUGACAUUAGGACAUAUUUUUGA